GCAGACCCGGAAGCGGCCUGCCAGCCAGCCAAGCAGUCCGCCCCCCGAAUGGGUCCGGGCGGAGCAGCGGCCCCUGUGUGGCGGAGGGCGCCGCGUUUCGCUCCGUGCCUCCUUCUCCGCGCCCCCAGAGGCUCCUCCGCGCAAUACCGCCCUUGCGGGGGCGGUGAGGAGUGGAAGAAAAGCCCGGGCCCUGAUCGAGAGCGGAGCGCCACCAAAGCAGCCGCCGCCGCCGCCGCCUUUUCCGAAACUGGCGAGAAUAUGAUAGGACAAAAUGAAACCUGCAAUGCUGAACAGAUACCCAUGUCUUACUUAACAUGCACACUUUACAUACUGGAAGGAUGGACUGGAGUGGAACACUUGGAGGAAUAUCUGAGCUACGUGGUCUACCUCACGUGGCUCUUUACACCGCUGCUCAUAGCUUUCCUGCUUCCAGCGAUCAUCCUUGUCCUUCUUUACAUUUCCAUUGUCAUCCUACAUAUUUAUAAGAGACGAACUGACCUAAAGGAGGCAUAUUUGAAUGAUUUCUGGGAUGGUGCAAGACAAAUGGUGGCAACUCUAUGGUAUGUCCAUGCAAGAAUAUGGAAUGGCUAUGAGGUCUGCGGCCUAGAAAAAAUACCUGAUGGGCCAGCACUGGUUGUUUUCUACCAUGGAGCAACUCCUAUAGACUUUUUCUACUUCAUGGCCGUAGUCCUGAUUAAGAAAAAAAGAAUCUUACAUAUAGUUGCAGACCACUUUGUCUUCUCACUACCAGGUUUUAAACUCUUACUUGAUGUGUUCAGUGUCCUGCAUGGAACGCAGGAAGAAUGUGGGAAAGCAUUAACAAAAGGACAUUUGUUGGCCAUUGCACCAGGGGGGGUUCGAGAAGCACUGUUCAGUAAUGAAAACUAUAUCCUUAUAUGGGGGAACCGUAAAGGAUUUGCUCAGGUGGCCAUUGAUGCAAAAGUGCCCAUCAUUCCUAUGUUCACACAGAAUGUCCGGGAAAGUAUUCGAUCCCUUGGUGGACUAAGACUGUUUAGGUUGAUGUAUGAAUAUCUCCGUUUGCCAGUAGUUCCAUUGUAUGGAAACUUUCCUGUCAAAUUGCGGACAUAUGUUGGCGAUCCUAUUCCAUAUAAAACAAAUGUGACUGUUGAUGAACUGGCAGACAAAGCAAAGACUGCAGUACAGAGUUUAAUAGACAAACAUCAGAAAAUCCCUGGAAAUGUAUUUAGGGCAGUAAUGGAACGAUUUCAAACACGGGAAAAAGAAGACUGAUAACCUUGGAUAUAACAAUUGUUGUGAAUUUUUUUAGAUUGUGUACAUAAUGUGAUGUAACAUUUGAGAAUAUUAAUAUUGUAUUCUUCUUGUUUUGCAAUUCUACAAUUUUACAGAAAAUUAGGGUACUUUUUCAAAAGAUCAUUGUUGCCUCUGGAACUCAGGUAUCUUGUUCUUUCAAUAUAAAUACGUACAGCAACUUGAUUUUAAAAAAGCGAGAGAAAAAUAAAAAAAACAAGCAGAGUUCUAUAUUGGAAUAAGAUGUAAAUAUAAUCAAGGAGCAAAUCUCUCAUUUUAAAGCAGACUUGCUCUGUUGGAAGUCUUCCAGGAAGGCAAAACUAAAAACAAGAUGUGUGACCCCCAGAUACCAUGUUUUAUAUCAGAGUUGCCUUAGAAUGUGUCUUUGCUACACAGCGAUCUUUGCUACAUAUUAGACAGAGGCAGCAAAGAAGGGUGGCAGGCACACUAAUGGGCAGCGGUUCCGCCCACAUUAUUUGCUGGCCAAAUAACCAUAGGGAAGAAAGAACUGAAUAGAAGGAAGUACCAAAAAUUCCAUUCCAAUGUGAACAGUCUGGCAGGGGAGGGACAGGCCAUUUUGAGCCUUAUGUGUUAUCACCAAAGAGAGAGUGCUCUUCUUGCCUUUCAGUUUCUCUCGCACACAGGCACAUGCAGAAACACAUAUCCAGUAAUCUAGUAUAAAAUAAGCUGGUCAAAUAUGUCUCCCAGAUAUUCUAGAAUAAAUGUCAUAAGGCUCUUUAAAACUUUUUUAAAACUUUGAAUAAUUUAGCUAAAUGUAUUUACAUUUAAGCUAAUAGAUUUUAUCAAUUCAACAAAAAGACAUGUAGCCAGAAUCUGGAAAGUUGCCACAUGAUCAGUUACUUGUCUGGUACUGCUGUUGGCCAAGAAUGUUGGGAAAGUGACUCCAGUCAGCUGGGUGUUAGUACAAGGAAUUUUGGAGCACAUUUAUGGCCAAUCAGUGCCCAUUUGGUUUGGAUGGGCACAGCUGAAUCCUAACAUCUUACUGCCACUGCACAGCACAUGGGGUACUGGAUACCUCCUUACACAGAUUCUGAACAUUGAAUUUUGAUCUUGGUUGAGAUCUGGAACACACACAUCAUUAACAGGUUUAUAUAUUAUGUAAGGCUACCCUUGGAGUGUAUACGUAUAUGUGUGUGUAUGUAUAUAUAUCUCCACCAAAAUGCAUGCUUUUCUUUAUAUACAUUUGUGAUUUUAAGAAUGUUAGUAUUUUUUUAAAGGAUCAAAUGCAGAAUGAACAAAAAAUAGCCAGUGCUUAGCUUAAAUCUCAACCAUAUGACUUUGAAUCCUUGGUUCUUAAAUUAUGUUAGUGCUGAAAACUAUUAGUUUUCUGAAAAGGUCCCUCUUUUUGGCAGCUGUAUCGCAAACUCGUAACAUGGUCACUUCACACAAAUUCCCAGUUGUGUAUAAUACCACCUUCUGUGUCAGUAUUUCAGUUUCAAAAUCAGUGUACUCAAAAGGAAGGAAGGAAAGGAAAAGGAAGGAAGAAAUUUCAGGAACCAGAAGUCCAUUUUUUUAACUUUUUAAAUUGAGUCUUCUGCAAAACAUUUUGUUGCAGCUGGAAUGUUCUGAAAAGGAAAGAAACUCCUAAAUAAAGCCUUUUUUAUUCAGUUGAGAUUUUUGUACUAAGAAACUGCUAACAUUAAAUCACAAACCAGAAAAAACUUAGUUUCCAAAAUAUAUUGUGUUUCUUAUUUAGGAUGUUGAAGGACAUAGUAAUAUUUGCUAUAUUGCUCUUUCCAAGUUCUAAAUGAGCAGCCCAACUUUUUUGCAUUUCUAUGUGUUUGUAUUUCAUUAUGGUUGCAUAUUACUCUGUUUUUUAAAGUCCUAUAUGAGCAGCCCAACUUCUUUGCAUAUUUAUGUGUCUGUAUUUUAUUAUGAUUGCAUCAUCUGGCCAUAAUCUAAUGAAAUACCAUCUUGCGUUCUUCUGAGGACAUUCUGAUUUAAUGUCAUUGAGGCUCAUUUGAGUCCCUGGGUCCCCAGAACCCAUCAGCCAUCAAUCAUGAUUCGUAAUUAUUUCUUGAUAUUAAUAAAAUAAUAUUAUUUCCCCCAUUUAAUUAGCUAUAUCAAAAAGUAGCUCUUUAUUGGGUCUUUUGCUUUCCAUUAAAGCCAACAACAGCAAUUCUGCUUGGACAUAAAUGCUAUGAAGCAAGUAGAUGCAAUAGCCUUCAGGUACUUCCCAUGAGUAAGCUACACAGACUUUUUAGUGGCAUUCCAUUUGUAGAACAUCUUUACCUUAUAAGUAAAGGAGGCACCAAUGUUCUUAUCACUUGGAAAGCAUAUUAGAAUGUUUGUUCUUCUGAUACUUUUAACCAUUCCCAAUGUUUUUACUUUUUUUACUGAUUAUAUAAAGUCUUAUUGCUGCUGUUCUUAAUUUAAUUUAGUUUUAUUGAUGCCCUCUGAUAUUUAAACCUUAGAAUAUUUUAAUUUAUAGGUUUUCAUAUUUUUGAGUGUCUCCAUAACUUGUAGCAGCUUUCAGUAUUUUUUUUACCACAGUCUGUAAAUGUAUUAAUCAAAUCAUAUGUACUUAAAGAAACUUGGAUGUUUCUAUCACUGAUGAUUUCAAAAUGGGAGUGAAUUAAGGCACUUAUCAGAAGCAGAAAGAGGAGCAUAUGCUCCUCACUUCUCUCUGCUACUGGAAUGGAGCACCACAGAGCCCAUCACACGACACAGGGCUAUGUCUGGUGGGACUCUUUGGGGCUCCAUUGUGGCAGGGAAAAGACGGGAAACAACGUGGAAAGAAAGAACACAGACACCAACAGGACGGAACAGAGGCUGACGGUUCCCUGUGCUGUCCCCCGCUUCCCCCCUGCUCAUCCGAUAAGAUCCUGAAAUGCUAAAAAUACUAAUCCAUAUAAUAAUGCACUAAAACAAAAAUUGAUUUACUUUGUCCCAUAUUAGGAAGAUGACAAUAGAUCGAACACUAGUCUAUGGCUGCAAUCAUGCACACACGUAAUAGGUAAUAAUCUCUGUAAUCUCUAUAGAGUAUGCACUUUCUGAGUAUUGUAUGUAUAAGAUUUCCCUAUCAAUGAGAUAAAUUUUUGGGAAGCCAUAUACUAGUUCAGUACAACCUUUUCUAACACAUUUGUCUGGAUACAGAGGUUACCAGAUACUGAAGUGACCUGUUGGGCAAGUCAUAGUGCUCUUCAUUUAAAUGAAGGAACAUGAUAGCUAUGAAGAAAUGUAAUUGCAGAACAGCUCCAUCCACUGAAAAAAGGAGAGUGUUCCAGUGAGAGAAGAGCACUAGGUUUUUACUUUCAAAAUCUAUUGUUUGUUUAGGUCAGAAGUUUAAAACAAUCCAUUUGCACUUACGUGGCAUUGUUGAAUUAUGUUACCCCGCUAUGAAUGUUUUACUUUGAGAGGCAGGAUAUAAAAUAAAUAAAAUGAAAGCUAAAUUAAGUGGUAAAUAUAAUGGUGGAAGAUGUAGUCCACAUGUGUUGUUUUGAAAAAUUACGUCAAUUGCAUACUAUUUUGAAAGUGCUGUAGGCCUUCUGAAAUAUGAAAGAUUGAAGUCUGACUUACUGUGCUACAGUUUCAUUUUUUUCUUAAAGUAUUGAAACAAGGGUAUCAAAGCAAUAUGCAAUAUCAUUGUUUUUAAAUAUAUUUAAAAUGUCUGUUUCAUAGUUUUUCGAUAUUCAGUGUUCUGUAUGUUUGUAUGUCAGAUUGUAUAUUUAUAAAAAUAAAAAUAACUGCUAAAUAAAGUUGAAAAACCAA